GUCCCGGGGCCGUUUCCCCCUCUCCCCCCACGCACGACAAUGCCGCAGACCGCUGGGCCUCCGUUCCCGAAGCUGCUCGGGGGACAUCCACACAUGCGGGGGCCGCGGCAUCCCCAAGACCCCUCCCAGGAGACCCUGGCCGGGCCCGGCCCCGCGCAGCCAUUUCCGCCGGCCUCUCCUCCCUCCCCUUCUCCCCCUCCCUCAGCUUCUGGGCUUUAAAAGCCAGAGGCUGGGCCCGGCCGCAGGCAGAGGCUGCCGCGGGCGCAGGAGGCCGGGCCCGGGAGCUGUCCGAGCGCUGAGCCCCGCCCCCGGAGCCCCCGUCCCUCCCUCUCUCCUUCCCUCGGCCCGCCCUCCCUGCGCACCCCUCCCCCCGAGGACCCCCGCCCCCCGCUCGCCGCCGCCGCCGCCGCCGCCGCCGCCGCCGCCGCCGCCGCCGCUCGCUCCGGCUGCAGAACAAUAAAGCAAGCCUCCCAGAGACCCCCGCCGAGGACCCCCGCCUGGCGGCCGAGCACCCGCGGCCCGCCCCUCGCCGCCCGCCGCGGCUGAGCGCGCCCGGUCGCUGGCCGAGGUGCUGGCCGGGCCGGCGCUGGCCGCGGUGCUGAAGCUGCUGGCGCUCUCGCCGCCGCCGCCGCCGCGUUCUCCGGGCCCGGCGCCUCCACCCCCAGGGGCAUGGGGGGUCGCUGACUGAAGCUCCGCCGCGGCGGUGGGGGGGAGGGGAAGGGGGCCGCGGAGCCGGGCCAGCCCUGCACCCACUCGCAGCCUCCGGGCCCGGGACGGAGCCGCUCCCCCCUUCCCCACCCCCCACCCCCCGGCCUCCUCCCCCGCCUGUCCAGGGGCGGCACUGCGGGCUGGGAAGCCGGGACCAGAGGAGGGAAGGAAGGAAGGAAGAAAAGAAGGAAGGAAAGAAGGAAGGAAGGAAGAGAAGAGAAGAGAAGAGAAGAGGAAAGAGGAGGAAUUCAGAGGAGCAGAGGAGGAAACGCAGGGCAGGAAGGAAGGCAGGAGGAAGACAGGACCGCACUCCAGCGGCAGCAUCCAAAGGCCAGAGUGGGGACCCUUGCUGCCUCCGCCGCUCCUCGAAUGGUGACGGGGCCCCGCCGCGGCCGCAGCCCCCCCGCGCCCCGGCUCUGCAGGCCCGCAGCGCCGGAGCCCCGCAGGAAUCAUGCCCAGAUCCUUCCUGGUCAAGAAGGUCAAACUUGACACGUUCUCCUCGGCGGACCUCGAGAGCUCCUACGGGCGCGCCCGCAGCGACCUCGGAGUGCGACUGCACGAGAAAGGAUACCUCAACGACUACGCGGGGCCCGCCUCCGUCUACGAUGGCGAUGCCGAGGCGGCCUUGCUCAAAGGGCCGUCCCCAGAGCCCAUGUACGCUGCGGCGGUGCGUGGAGAACUGGGCCCGGCGGCCGCGGGCUCGGCACCGCCUCCCACCCCGCGCCCGGAGCUGGCUACCGCCGCGGGCGGCUACAUCAACGGCGACGCGGCGGUCAGCGAGGGCUACGCGGCUGACGCCUUCUUCAUCACCGACGGGCGCUCGCGCCGUAAGGCCGCCAACGCCGCGGCUCCCUCCACGGCCUCCGCGGCAGCUCCCGACGGCGACAGCGGAGGCGGGGCCGGGGCGGGUGCGCGCGGCGCGGGGUCGGGGGCCGGGGGCCGGGGCGGCGCGCGCGCGGGGGUGAGCACGGAGGCGCGCGCGGGGCCUGGGGCUGGCGGCGCAGGGGGCCGGCACGCUUGCGGCGAGUGCGGGAAAACGUACGCCACGUCGUCGAACCUGAGCCGUCACAAGCAGACGCACCGCAGCCUGGACAGUCAGCUGGCGCGGCGGUGCCCGACGUGCGGCAAGGUGUACGUGUCCAUGCCGGCCAUGGCCAUGCACCUGCUCACGCACGACCUGCGCCACAAGUGCGGCGUGUGCGGCAAGGCCUUCUCGAGGCCCUGGCUGCUGCAAGGCCACAUGCGCUCCCACACAGGCGAGAAGCCCUUCGGCUGCGCGCACUGCGGCAAGGCCUUCGCCGACCGCUCCAACCUGCGCGCGCACAUGCAGACGCACUCGGCCUUCAAGCACUUCCAGUGCAAGCGCUGCAAGAAGAGCUUCGCGCUCAAGUCCUAUCUCAACAAGCACUACGAGUCGGCUUGCUUCAAGGGCGGCGCUGGCGGGGGCGGCCCCGCGGCCCAGGCGCCCGCCGCUUCGCCGCAGCUCAGUCCCGUGCAGGCCUAGGGCGGCGGCGCCUCCGCCAGCCCAGCCGGGUCGGCUCUCAGCAAUACGGGCCCCCAGGGAAGUCUCCGCCAGCUCCCGGGCGGAGGGGCCGGAGGGCGGGCCCCUCCUCACAGCAAUAGAGGGAGGGGGCCCGGCCCCGCCCCGCCCGCCAGGGGCCCUGUCGGCCCCUUCAAGCAAUAGGGUCCUGAGGGGAGACCCACCCCGAACCCCCUCCCUUCCCCUCCAGGGUGCCCCAGGCUUUUUCCCAGCAAUAGGGUCGAGGAGACCCAGAACCGAACCUCAUCUCCGAGUUAGGUCUCUGAAGACGGGGGUGGGGUGAGGUGGGCAGCACCCCCCUCCUCCCUCCUCUGCGCCCCUGGAUCGCGUCGCAGAGACUCAGGUCUUCCCCACCCCUUUCCCAAGCCUUCCAAGGGCCAGGCCUGCGGCCUAGACGUCCAGGGAGCAGACCGGGAGAGGAGCAGGAGGGGGGGUUUCUGCAGAGGCGUCCCUACUCCUCAGUCUUCGCUGAACCCCAGGAGUGAUACACGCGUUGGGGAUCAGGGAGAGAGGCGGACGGCGGCACCCCUCUCCCUCGGUUCUUUCUGGGGCCUCAGUCCAAGCCGCUCUCCCGCGCUCGCCUCGCAUCCUCGGCCAAAUCCGAAUUCUUCCAGCCCAGCUUCCCGGGCUCUGUCCUUCAUAACGAAUAAUAAUGACGCAUAUCGAAUCGCAUGGACUUAUCCGACCUCCUCAGACCCCACUCCCGCCCUGCCCCGGGGCCCCCCUCCCUCGUCCCCGGGCAUUCGGUGUUGGAGGACGGAUCCUGGGGCCCGGCAGGCAGGCCUGGGCACGGCCCAUUACACACCUCUCUGUAUUCGCUUUGCGGGUAAAGCCCCCUGGGGGGGGUGCGGAUGCGUCGGGUUUCUUUCUUUCUGUAUUUGUACGUUUUAUUUAUGAACGGAUUGCACUCGGGUCAGGGAAGGGGCGCUGAGGCCCCCAUCCUUCCCGCCGACGCCGGGGGCUCGGGAUGUCCGGGAUCACUUUCCCCGCCCCUGAACCCCGCCCCUACCUGGGCCCUACCCUCGAGCCCCAGGCCCCGCCCCCACUCUGUUGCCAACUUUCGCCCGUCUAUGCCAAAGCCUCGGCGGCGACCCCGCCCCAAGGGCCCGCCCCAUUGGCCGCCGCCUUUGUGACGUCACUGCAUGCAGCCCCAACCCUCCUCCUGUCCCUUCCCGGGGCUGCCCGCUCCCUCUCCCUCUUAGUUAGUCCGAUGCCGACUAUAGAGCAAUAAUGCGCACUGCAUGCGAAGCUGCCGCCGCCUCUAGAGUUACUGAGAAUCAGGUAUCCCCCUGCCCUAUCCACCCCAUAGGCCCCUAGAUCAGGGACAUUGCGCGGGGCCGGACGCGCAGACUUUCUUCCCCUCCUUCUCCCUCCUCCCCCACGGCAGAGCCCUGCGGGUGUAACAGUUCCAGGGGCGGGGGCGGGGUGGUUGCCCCCAACACCCCUCCUUCAGUCAUCCAUCACCUACCUACUCUGUGCCAAGCCCGCUGCAGAGUCAGCCAGGGGUGCAGCGACCUGCAGGGGUGCGUGUUCGCCACAGGGGUCCGUCAGGUUUGGGCGGGCCCAGGAGGGCUGCCUACGCAGAGGAAGGCCUGAUCCCUAGACCCAACCCUAACCCUCCUCACCUCUUCCCAGCCCCGGCCCGGGGCCACUGCUGGGUGCAGCUGGGCUCUCCCUUUGACUCGCACCUGGCGUUCUCAGCUCAGGUGGCACAGACCCAGGGCCCUAAGGCCCAGCACGACCAGGCCACCCAUACCAACUCUCAGUCCUUCCAUCUUCUGGCCACCCUGGGCUCUGCUGUAUGGGGCCAGAGCCCCAGGCCAGACACAAGGUGCGCGCUGGAGUGUAUGACCUGGUCAGCCCCCUCCCCACCGGCACCAAGCUGCUACAGAGCAGCCCCUGCAGGAGUGGACUGAGGGCCCAGCACAGCAGGGCCCGCAUCCCAAACCCUCUGCACCACACCUCGGGGUCCACACAGCACCCAGGCUGGGGCCUGCCCUCCUGUGCUGGGCACACCCGCAUGCACACGCACACACCGGCGCUCCACACUACCCCCACACGCCGGUCUACCUACCUAAGGAGAAGGCCAGAGGGCCAUGGGCCGGCCACGGUCUCCUGCUUCUCCCUACACCCUGCCGCCGUGGAAAGCCAUGGGCCCCCUCCCGCCCCCAUAACUAAGCAGCACAAUAACCGACUUAGUGAAUUCAGGUAGAAGGAACGUUUAGGUAGCACCUAUUUUGUACUGAUUCUACGAGUAGGGCCCGAGAUGCGGGGGCCCUCGGGUGGGGGUUGUGGCCGCCGGCCUGCCCCGCCCCCACCCCCGCCUGUGCCCCGCCGCCUUGUACAUACUCCCACCCACCCGGAACAGGCCGGGAUUUUUACUCGGCCGCGCCCCUCUUCCGCCCCCGUUUGGGGCUGGGCCGGCCGGACAGACGGACGGACGGACAGACCUCCUUCCUAAGCACAAUAGCACCAGCUCCCCGGAGCGCCGCACCUCCACGAGGAGAAUAAAUGCCACUCUUGAUAGAA